UUUUUCUUGGGUGUGAAAAAAUCAUCUCCCGGUUGGGUUUUUGGCACAGUUGUGUGCACUUUCGUGUUCUGCAAGUGUAAAAAUAAGAACAAUCGUCGAGGAAAGUUGUUUUGUAAUUCUAAUUGUGUAAGUUAGCUUGUCGGUUUCUAAUUUUAUGUCCGUUAGGUUGGUAGUGUCCGCUUGACAUUCAUUUGUGUACAAGCUCGAUUUAUGUCACAGCGAAAAUUAUUGUUUUUUAGUGAAAAAUCGCGGUAAAUUUUGUGAAAAGUUUGAUUCGAGUGUUACGUUUGUUGUGCUCGUUUGUAAAAUGUACCACUCUUCGUAUUCCGAACUCUAGCAAAGGUGAAAUUUGUAGAAUCUCGGACUGUCAUAAACAAACAAAGUGGACUCGCCCAGUGAAACAUUUGAGUUUUUCCAAUUCGAAUUGACUCUGUCCCAAAAACCUUUUUCUUUUUUAUUUCUAAUAAGUGUAAUGUGCCCAAAUUAUCUGUUGAGCAAAUCGGUGAAGCGUACUUUAGUCCCGUCGUGCCUCCGCCACUCCAAGAGAAAAGGCAUAUUCAUACACCCGACCGCAAUGUUCAAAAACUUUUCCGUCAGUGCUUUAAAUCCGUUAUUACUCAAAUAAACAUAUCAAGUUCAAAGAGUACAAAAUGAAACUACUCGAAAGUACAAGAUUUGAAGCCAUCAACAACCUCCUGUCGAUCCAGACCGGAGACAGCCAGAUCAUCGGCCGCAUCGAGAGCUACUCCUGCAAAAUGGCAGGGGCUGACAAAGCCCUCUACAAACGUUUCAACCCCGAGGGGGUGCACCCCAACGACUUGCAGGCUUUGUCACCCCCCGAGGGCGUCUCCCCCGGCCAUUCGCAGUACAGCCGUAGCGUCUCAGGUGACGAAGAGGGCCCACUCUGCGACACAAUCAGUCGCAAGACUCUCUUUUAUCUCAUCGCAACCCUCAACUCGGCCUUCCCUGACUACGAUUUCAUGGACGUCAAGAGCCACGAAUUCAGCAAGGAGCCCUCGCGCCAAUGGGUGGAGAACGCAAUCGAUUCAAACUUGUUCGCCACCGCAGGCGACCAGUACCGCGGUCUGGGGGCCUCUCUGUGGGCGGCAAUCAACGACGAGAUAUCCCUCGAGGAUUGCGACAUCUAUUCUUACAAUCCUGAUUUAGCCUCGGACCCUUUCGGCGAAGACGGCUGUCUCUGGAGUUUCAAUUAUUUUUUUUACAAUAAGCGGUUGAAGCGUAUCGUUUUCUUCACUUGUAGAGCCGUCAAUCCGUUCAGUAUGGAUUCCGGCUAUGCCACCGAUUUCAUCAUGGAUGAAGUAGAUCUCGCUUACUGAAUAUUUUUAAUGUGUUACUAAUUUUUUUUGAUGUCAAAUCGUACUAUUUGAGUUGUAGUUUUGGUGAGAGCAAAAGUACAAAAUAUUUUUUUAAUUAGUGUGGAAUGUUGCGGUAUUAUUAAUUUUUACUUAUGCUGUAAUCACCCCAUGGCUUUAGUGAUUAGGAAGUUUAGGACUUGUGACUUUUUCUCUGGUUGCUGGUUACGAUCUCACGACACGUCUAGUUAUUUAAUGCAAUAUCGUACAAAAUAUAAAUUUCACGAUUUUUAGUACUAAAAUGUAUCAAAUGUAUGUAUUUAAUUUUUAAAGGCACGAUUUGCUUGGAGUUCAAAGUUCAUUUCCAAGUGCCAUCCUUAUAGUGAUCUAUUAUACUAUUGUAAGAUCUGAUAUAAUAUGUUAUUUAGUCAC